AUGAGCAACAAGAAAGCCAACAAUGUGCUUGAAACAUGGGGAAAUGAGACGACCAUGAACUUGAAUGCCAUCAUUUAUCAAAACAUCUUGUCUUCGCCCUACUUUCGAUCUUUAUAUAACAAAAAGACCUUUCAUGAAAUUGUGGAUGAGAUCUACAAUGAAGUCUAUGUAUUAUCUCCCUUUGUUAAAGGCACACAACCCUCAACUGCCUAUUGCUGUUUGUUCAAAAUGUGGACAUUACGAUUGACUAUCAAGCAAAUCGAAAACAUGAUUGACCAUGUCGAUUCACCUUAUAUUCGUGCCAUUGGAUUCUUGUACUUGAGAUACGUCUGUGCACCAGCUCAACUCUGGGAUUGGUUUCAGUAUUAUUUAGAAGACGAAGAGGAAAUCACCAUCAGUGGCGGUGUCAACCCUACCAAGAUCACGAUUGGCAAGCUGUGUCGCAUGUUGAUUACAGAACAAAAGUUUCAAAACACCAUGCUGCCUCGUAUCCCUGUACCUAUUGCUAGAGAUCUCGAGAAAAAGCUAAAGGAUUACGACAUGGAAAAGAGAAAGACAUCCACCCGUCGUAAUGACAGAGACAGAGAUGACAGAUAUUACUCCCGUGAUCGCAGCAGAGAUCGCAGCUCAAGUAGACGACGCUAUAGAAGCAGAUCAAGGAGCCCUUCGAGAAAAAGCUAUCGUAGAGACGACCGAGACGAUGUGGAUGAUUACGAGCGUCGUCGCAGGAGUCACAGUCGACACCGUGAUGAUGAUAAAAGUCUGUCUCGAGAUAGAUACAGCCGCAAAAGAAGCGCUAGUCCGGAUUAUAAGAGAAGAGAUAGAUACAGAUCUAGGUCCAGAUCCAGAUCCAGAGAGGAUACUAGACGUAGUGGAUCCAGAACGUAUUCCAGAGAUAGUAGAUAUUAG